CGCAUCUAAUGUGUCAGGCAAGUUGAAGUUUUGCAUUUUUCGAAACUUCCCUAUUUGGUAGUUGUUAUCGAAUACCGUGAUUCUCUCCGUCUUUUUUUACUAUAUUAUCCACCAUCGAUCCUCUGUUCUUUUCAUUCCAAACAGUUUCAAAACAGAUCUAGAUUCCACUUCGGUCGUAGUAAUCCUUCUAUGGAUCACAUCGAUGAAUCUCUUCCUCCACUACCACUUCCUCCCAGAAUGUUUGCGUUAGGGGAAGACCCCGAGGGAGUUAGGGUUACACCUUACCACAAACCCACAUGCAUUCGCAAAAUCCUCAACACACUCGGCCCUGAUGAAGUCCGGAGGAUUAAGGAGACCCCGUUUGGAAAGCUUGUCGAAAUCGCAGAUAAACCCCCGCACUCCGGUCGAUUUGACCGUUUUCUUAUAUCAAGAAAGUUGAAAGUGGGCAAGAAGAACGAAGUCUGGUUUAUAUUUGCUGGCAAACCCGUAAGAUUCCCAAUUAGAGAAUUUGCUCUAGUCACAGGGCUCAAUUGUCGAAACUACCCGCCGCGUACAAAGAAAAAGAGCUCGAAGAACCUAAUAGAGAAGCCUUACUGGGGAGAGCUAUUUGGCUCUAUGAGGGAAGUCCCUGUCAGUUAUGUCAUUAGCAUGCUAAAGAAGAAGACGGUUGCUGAUACAGAAACGAGGAUCAAGUAUGCCCUGCUUGCUUUGUUGUCAGCCGUCAUUCUACCGACAUCACAUAAUCCUAAAAUUUUGGAACAACACGCGGAGAAGAUAAAAGAUAUCGAUCAGUUUCUUGCUUACCCGUGGGGCCGUGUUUCGUUUGAAAUGCUCAUUAGUAGUAUAAAAGAGAGGGAUGAAGUCUCACUCUCACAGAAAACAAUUGCACUUAAAGGGUUUGUUCUAUCGAUACAACUUGUUCUGAUAGAAGCAGCUCCUUCACUUACACGAGUCGUGCAAAGUGGGAGUUCCUCCGGUUCCGAACGUGAUUGUGAAGACGACGAUGACUUUGUCGACGAUAAUUCCGAGAGAAAGAAAUGUAUCAAUCCGGUGCGUGUACGUGAUAUUGAUUCAUCUUUGAAGACGCAUGUUGUUUCCAUUAUUACUGAUGGCGUGGAACUCGACAAUGUCGAGGAAGGAACCCACAUUCCUGAAGACGAGGAGGAUAUACUUGUGGAAAACAUGGAGAAGUGUAUUCACGAUGGUUUCUCAUUCCGGAAGUCCCAUUUUCUCGGUGGUGCGACUCUUGCUGAUGUCAUCCGAAUGCGCGAAGAAGCCGCAAAAGAAAACAACACCCGUAAAAAGACCAAGCGGAGUGUGAAUGCUAAUAGUGCCGACGCUGCCGACCCUGAUUAUGUUGUCUCCAUAUUGAAAAGUAGUCUAUCUGCGGACCUCUGUCGUAUGGAGGAAGAAAUUAAAAACCUUGGUCAGAUGUUUACGAAAUCGCAAAGUCAAAUGCGGUCUUACAUACAAGAAAUGUUUGACACAUUUCAGAGGAACAUUAGUAAUAUGAUUCCUACCCCGUCCUCUGGGAGACACGCUGAUCCUCCGCAUGCUCGUCAAGCAGAGACAACUUUCAGCAGAGAGAAGACAACCACGGAGCCCAAUCCCGGUGCACCGCCUAAUGUUCCUAUAGCACCUGCGUCUGACAAGAGGAAUAAGUCAACGGUAGGGCCCGGUCAUUUUGAUCCAUGUGGCAGCAUACAGGACGCUAUUCAUUUUGCAGACCACGUGUCCCCACUGUCCGCAGAUGUUAAUAUGGGCGAUGCCUCUCUAAACGAAGAAGGCAGCCCCGAAAAAUGCAAUGAUGGUAAUAACGAUCUUAAUCCGAGAGAGGAGCAGGUCCCUCCCGCUUAUUCCUCUGCUGACGGAGAAGCUCGGGAGGUUGAGGAAGAGGAUCCUGAAGAUGCGGUGGACAUGAUCAACAGUCCACCCUUGACACAACCUGCACAAUCGGAUUUCACGGAACAUGCUAACAUCACCACCGCGGGGACGGGUUCAAGUCCUGCAGAAAGUGGCAAACGAACGUCAUCUAGUUCUUCCGACAGCAACCCACCACCUCCCAUUGUCACCCCUCAACCGAGUUCCUGUUUGGAUAAUGCACAGUCUAAUUUGGCCUUCCCAAAGCCUACAUUCUCGCUAGGACUAACGCAAGAAGAACGCUAUCUUAGUAAAACAGAUCUGGUGGACGCUGAUGAAUCAUUGGAAGAGGGUGCAUCCAUUUCUCUCAAUGACGACCAAGAACCGUUUCCAGCAAACAGGAAAAGUAAGAGACAGAAAGUUGUGCCCCGUAGCCUCGUCGGAGACUAUCAGUGCGAUAAACGAUUCCUUACCCGAGCUUGGGAGGCCCAUGUUAACGUUAUGCAUCGUGGCCCGGUAAUUGACUAUGCGGCUAAAGCUGGUGCUCUGGCAGAAAAGCUCCAAAAAGAAUUUGUCAUCGACGUUAGUGGUCAAAGUUUAGACAGCAGCGACCUGUCUGCAAUUCUUGCGAGAGCUUCCCACUUAACUGCCAAGGUGAUGGAUGUUCUCAUCCAUCAUACUCGAUCCUUGAUAGAAGCACUAUCCGAAGAGCGUCAACCCGGCACCGUUGUUUUACUGGACACGAAGUUUGUUUCCCUACUGUCAGAGACUUUCGUCAAGUUCUCCAAGUGUGCUAAGAAAGAAAGCUAUCGGUUCCCAACGUCUUUGCUUCAAUACCUUUGUCUCGAUUGCCCUAUCACCGAAGCUACUCGCAUAUACUUCCCUUUCAACUUCGACAAAAAGCAUUGGGUAGGUGUCUGUGUCGACUGCUCCCUUUCAAAGGUUGUAGUGUUAGACUGCAACACUUCUCUCAGGACAGACGGGAUGAUCAACAAAGAAAUCCGUCCCAUUUCCGAAAUGUUUCCCUUCCUUCUCAGGCGUGCGGCCAGACAAGUGUUUUCGAAAAAUCCAAAGGCACUAACCAUUGAGAGACCUCGUAUCCUCCCCCAGAACCACAACCCUUUGACUCCAGCUUCACCUCAAUCCUUUUUAUACAAGCACACGCAGUUGCAGGUCUUGAUCUAUGCAAAUGCAUCACACCCGAUGUGCUUGACGUCGAGGUCCAAAAGACAGCUGCGAUGGUCUACGAAGAAAACGUUGGGGUCCUUUGAUUAUGUUUAUUCGUCUCUGCAUCAUUUUUUUUUUUGUUACUCUGUUUCGUUGGACUUUGGCUUUUUGGUUGUUUUGUCCCUUUUCCAGUCUUUAUGUUAUCUCGGACUCUUCUAAUGUUGCAUCGGUUGCAAUUAAUGAAUGAUAUCUUCUUUUCUU